AUGAACGAUGAAGAGCCACUACUGAAGAAGAAGAAGAUUAAGCUGCCAAUAGAACCAACAUUGAAUCUUUCACUUCCAGAUGAUUUGCUAGUGAGCAUCGUAGCCCGUGUCUCGAGAUUGUAUUAUCCAACUCUCUCCUUAGUCUCCAAGCGCUUCCGCUCGCUCCUUACUUCACCGGAGCUUUACCAGACCCGGUCACUUUUAGGUCGCACUGAUAUUUGUCUCUACGUGUGCUUACGGUUCUCGCGUAGUGACCCUAUCCCUAGAUGGUUCAUGCUUUGUCAGAGACCCAAUGGAAUCCUAACCAAUGAUACUAGGAAGAAGAAGAAUAAGUCAAGUGGUUAUGUUUUGGCAACACUCCCAAUUCCACAUUCUCCUCCUGCGCACGGGUCGGGUCUCGUGGCUGUUGGUUCUAAUAUCUACAACAUUGGCGGAUCCAUAUACGAUUCACCCUCAUCUAGUGUCUCAAAACUGGACUGCUGGUCGCACACGUGGCUCGAAGCUCCAAGCAUGCAAGUGGAGCGUGAUUACCCAUCAGCCAAUUCCCUUGAUGGAAAGAUAUACGUAACAGGGGGCCUUUAUAAACACUACGACCCAUCAAAAUGGAUGGAAGUUUUCGAUCUAAAAACAGGAACUUGGGAGCCUGUGUUGAGCCGUGCAGGUAGGUUGGAUUUUUAUAGCCGUCAUGAUCGAACUCAUAACUUUGUGGUUGAUGAAAAGCUAUACAUUAUUGGGGAUAGGGGUGUGACUUACAACCCCAAGGAUGGUUCAUGGAAUAGUGUAGGAUCGGAGAUGGAAUUGGGUUCGAAAUGGUUUUCUUCGUGUGUGAUAGAGAACGUGCUUUACUAUUAUCAUUAUGAAGACGAGUUCAAAUGGUAUGACACUAAUGCAAGAUCCUGGAAAACUUUGAAUGGUAUGAAAAAACUGCCCAAGUUUGCUCGUUAUGCCAAUGUUAGGAUGGCAGAUUAUGGUGGGAAAAUGGGACUUUUUUGGGACACGUCUGUGGCUUCUGGUGGUGGUGGUGGUUAUCAGAAUAAAAAGAGCAAUAGUGAAGAGAUUUGGGGGAAUGUUGAGUGGUUUGAUGCAGUGCUUCCACAUCCAAUUCCUGUGGAAUAUGUAUUUGAGUUUGUCGGUGCUGUCAACGUUUGA